AUGACGAAUGUUUGUGCUCAAGGAAAUCCUGAUGGUUAUAAUAUAAAACAUAAUUAUAGUGAUGCUUUAAAGAAAAGUAUAUUGUUUUUUGAAGGACAAAGAUCAGGGGAACUACCAUCUUCACAGAGAUUAAAAUGGAGAAAGGAUUCUGCUCUUCAUGACGGAGAUGAUGUCGGUGUGAAUUUGGUUGGAGGUUACUACGAUGCAGGUGACAAUGUAAAGUUUAACUUUCCCAUGGCAUUCUCAACAACAAUGUUGGCAUGGAGUGUGAUAGAAUUCAGCAAGUUGAUGGAUACAGAGCUGAAAUAUGCAUUAGAAGCAGUUCGAUGGGGAACAGACUACUUACUGAAGUGUACUACUAACCCGGAUUUGAUCCAUGUUCAAGUUGGUGAUCCAUAUGAAGAUCAUAAAUGUUGGGAGAGGCCCGAGGACAUGGAUACGCCUAGAACAACGUACUCCAUCAGAAAAGACAUGCCAGGGUCUGAAGUUGCGGCGGAGAUGGCUGCUGCCAUGGCUGCAACUUCAAUUGUUUACAAGAACAUCGAUCCUGUUUAUUCGGCUAAGCUUCUAAAAAGAGCUAUCAUGGUAUUUGAGUUUGCUGAUAAAUACCGUGGAUCUUAUAGUGAUAGCCUUAAAGAAUGGGUUUGUCCUUUCUAUUGCGACUAUAGUGGUUACCAGGAUGAACUGAUAUGGGCAGCAGCAUGGUUGCACCGCGCUUCAGGCAAGCGAUUUUACUGGAAUUAUGUGAUGAAACCUAAUGGUUUAUACAGUGGUGGUGGUAUUUUUGCUGAAUUUGGAUGGGAUGCCAAAUUUGCCGGAAUUAACAUAUUCUUUUCUAAGAUGCUUAUGAAGGGUGAAGAGUACUACGUUGAUCCGUUUCGAUCCAAUGCGAAUAAGUUUGUGUGUUCCAUUUUACCAGAAUCACCAUCCAGAAGUGUCGAGUAUUCACCAGGUGGGCUACUAUUCAAACCAGGAGGGAGCAAUAUGCAACAUUCAACAGCUCUUUCAUUUUUACUCCUAAUCUAUGCUCGCUACUUGAAACAUGGAAGUGAUAUCAUCCAUUGUGGAAAUAAUGUUUCUGCCACUUCUUCCAGGCUUAUUGAGCUCGCCAGGAACCAGGUUGAUUACAUUCUGGGAAGCAAUCCAAUGAAAAUGUCAUAUAUGGUUGGGUAUGGCCAAAAGUAUCCACAAAGGAUACACCAUAGAGGAUCAUCAUUACCAUCCAUUGAUCAACAUCCGAAUCGUAUUGCUUGCAGUGAUGGAACUCCUUACUACACAACAGACGAAUCAAAUAGGAAUCCAUUAAUAGGAGCCGUUAUCGGUGGGCCUGAUAUGAAUGAUGUAUACGCCGAUUCAAGAGCUCAGUUCGUUAAUUCAGAGCCCACUACUUAUAUAAAUGCACCCCUUGUGGGUUUAUUAGCCUACUUUAAGGCUCGUCCAGUUAGGUAGCAGUUUCUUAAUUUUCAUUAAUCAAUCUCAUCAAAAAAUUGUAAAUUAAAUUUAUUCAAAUAAUUGUAAUUGAAAUAAUCAUGUUAAGAAUUGACUUAGCAGUAGACUGGAUUCUCGUCGACUUUCCUUCGUGGAAGAUGAAGAUGAGAGACAAUCGCGAGUUCGAUUAUCACCUGUUCUAGGACAAGUGUUAUUGACUUAAGAAUGUGAGCUAAUCUGUUGCGGUGAAUUUGUACGCUGGUUAUAGUCU